AUGGAACGAACAAUUGGUCUUCUUGGGGGCGGACAACUUGGUCAGAUGCUAUGCGAAGCUUCCAAUCCGCUCGGAAUCAAAGUCAUCAUCCUCGACGCAGAGAACUCUCCUGCAAAACAAGUCAACGCGAAAACACCUCAUCUCAAUGGCUCGUUUGUGGAUGCGGAGAAGAUCCGAGAAUUGGCAAGACAGGCUGAUAUCUUGACAGUAGAAAUUGAGCAUGUCGAUACUCAUGUGCUUGAGGAAGUCGCAGAGAAAGGAGUCGAGGUUACAGAAAAUGACGGCAGCAAACGAACAAAAAAGGUCGAGGUUCAACCAAGUUGGAAGACGCUUCGAACGAUACAAGACAAAUAUCUGCAGAAAUCACACUUUACGCAAAAUGGGGUAGCCACUGUGGUUUCCAGGGAUGCCGAUGGAGAUUUACGAGAGGUUGGAGAAGAAUUGGGAUAUCCCUUUAUGUUGAAGGCCCGGAAGGACGCUUACGACGGUCGAGGUAAUUUUCCGGUCAAAUCGCCAGCUGAUAUUAAAGAAGCUCUCGAGGUGUUGAAAGACCGAUCUUUAUAUGCCGAGAAAUGGGCCAACUUCAAGUUGGAACUCGCAGUUGUGGUUGUGAAGACAGAGGACGAGGCGUCACAGGAUUCCAAGGGCACAAUCGCAUACCCAGCCGUGGAAACAAUCCAUGAAGAUAGUGUUUGUAAACUAGUUUACUUGCCUCCACGGGGCGUCACUAUAAAACAACAGAAGGAAGCACAGGAUCUUGCACGAAAAGCAGUAGGAAGUCUAUGGGGAAAAGGUGUUUUUGGCGUUGAGCUAUUCUUGAUGGAAAAUGGAGAACUCAUCGUAAACGAAAUCGCUCCACGACCGCACAACUCCGGGCAUUAUACGAUCGAGGCUUGUCCAACAAUGUCACAGUAUAAGUCGCAACUUCUUUCUAUACUCGGCAUCAUGCCAUCAUUCCCAAAUAAUACCAUCCCAGCCAUGGUUCCUUCAGCAAUCAUGCUGAAUAUUUUGGGUGGAUCAUCAAAAUCUUCCCACAACAAGCUGAUGAGCGAAGCAGUCCAAAUCUCAACCGCUGCGCUACACAUGUACGGCAAGGAUUCGAAACCCGGGCGUAAAAUCGGACAUAUCACAGUGGUUGCUGCGUCUCCUUCACUGGGCGAAUCUUUGGUCGAACCAUUAAUUAACCUAGCAAACAACAUGCGUGCGGAAAGAAGGGGCAUCUCACCUGCCGAAUCAAAAUCUUCUCCAUUUCGCUCUCUCUCACAAGGGCCUCUUAUUGCAAUCACAAUGGGUUCAGAUUCUGACCUUCCAGUACUCAAGCCUGGACUUGCUCUCCUUGAAACCCUAUCAAUUCCAUAUCACGUUACAAUCACCUCUGCUCAUCGCACACCAGCCCGCAUGAUGGAUUUCGCAUCUUCGGCUGUAGCUUCGGGGUUCAAGGUUAUUAUAGCCGCAGCAGGUGGUGCCGCUCAUCUCCCUGGUAUGAUUGCUGCUUGCACGCCAUUGCCAGUGAUUGGUGUACCAGUCAAGGGCAGUACCUUGGAUGGUAUGGACAGUUUACUUAGUAUCGUCCAGAUGCCUCGUGGGGUACCAGUGGCUACAGUCGCGAUUAACAACAGUAUCAAUGCUGCGCUUCUCGCUGCUCGUAUCCUGGGGGCUACCGAUCCGGCGAUUCAGGAGAAAUUGGUGGAGUUUGCCAAGAACAGCGAGGAGGAGGUUUGUGGGAAAGCUGGGAAGCUGGAGAAUAUUGGAUUUGAGAAGUACUUGGUUAAGUAG